GUCACUUGCAACAUAUAGGUUAUUCUCAGAUAAACACCUUCAGCCCACCAUCCGUACAUCUCAUCAUUAACCGAGAAAUUUCAAUCUCUUAUCGCCACAAAUCUACAUCCCACCACAAACUCAGUCCCCAUUGCUGGCCUUAGCGGCGGCGUCGCCCCACCAGCCAGACUUGAAGAACGGCCACCUGCCAAAGCAACGUCGCCGAGGUGCCAACAGACAUGACCGCCGCAAACGUCCACGCACGAUAGCUCCCACCAGAGCGGUUACCACUGCUAGUACCGCUUCUGCCACAUCCGAAUCCGCGGAUCUCGAAGAACCAAAGUCACGCGUUCAAAUCACAGCCCCGGACGAGGAAUAGGAACUCUCCGAUACCGACCAGAAAAUAGUAGACGGUGGAAGCGCCGAUGAUUCUGACGACGAAGAUUAUGCUGAUAUGAGCGACGCCGCGGGCCCUACGAGAGGCGGCAGGCCACACUCUCGGAAACGGGUCAGGCGGACGAAGGACCGGGCACGUAACGAUACGGAUGGCCGUCCCAGUCAUCCCCUCGAUAUUUCAUAUCAAGCUGCUGCAGUAGCCUCUUCCAGCGGGACGCAGGAGAGUGAAGAGAUGCCAAUCCACGGAUACUUUACGCUGAAGACUAUCGCGUCGAAGGUCGUGUACUAUCUCACAUUUUCUCAAGAUUUGCUGCCGCUUUCUCAGCACAGGGGGCAGAGACAAGACAGUAACCCCGACCGCGAACACUCUCAAUCAUUUCCUCUUGAUUCUAGAAUGCGUCAGGCACUGCUGCGGCGUCAGACAAUACGCCGUUCAAGGACACGAGAGUCUACCUCUGACACUAUCUCAACACGGAGGCCAGGGAAGGAACUAACUGAAAGGCAAGAGAUUCUACUGGCCAAGAUGGUCCACGACGACAAGACCUGGGCAGAGAUAGGACGGCAUUUCCCAGGCCAUACACUGCAGUCACUAAAGGAGAACUUCUUCACGAAGCAAGGGGGAAAGCCUCGGAAGCGGGGUCGAAAGCCUGGGGCGAGAGCUGGUGGUGCGUGAAUGCACGUUCAAGAUUUUUCGGAUAACGGUUAAAUUUGGAGGCGGUGAUAGGAUAGUGAAACGACAUUUUGUAAACUUUCCUUGUGCCAGCCAUUUAGUUCGGAUUUAUUCAG